AUGUCAGCGUUCCUCCUCUCGGUAACGAUGCAAGCGUCCCUGACCGCCUCCUGGCAGCCCGUGCCGGCUGACGACGCUUGGCAGAGGACCGCCCGCACCUCCUCCCCACCGAGGUCCGGGCCGACAGCGUCGGCGGAUCAAGCCGGCAACGUCUGGCUCUUUGGCGGGUACGCCGAGCCGGAAGGGAAGCCACGCCACGUCGUCAACGACCUUCUGCGCUACGAUGGUGGCUCCGGCUGGCAGCAGCUCCAGGAGCCCAUCGACGUCACGCUGAAGGGUGGCCGUGUCCGCGACAAUCGGCCGGGCCCUCGGCUGGCGACCGCCUCGUGCGUCGUCGGCGACGAGAUGCUCGUCUUUGGCGGCUGGGACCCGCAGACGCCGGGUACGGGAGGCGUGAUCCUGGACGACGUGUGGUCUCUCUCCCUCGCAAAGCAGACGUGGCGCCGGCUCGCGGCUCCGAUGCCCGGCGGCCCCGCCUCUCGGCACGUCGUGUGCAACGUGGGCGGCACGGUCAUCCUGCACACUUUCCGCUGCCUCGACUCGGUCCUAGUGUGGGAUGCGGCGAGCGAGACGCUCAAGGAGCAGCCGACCAGCGGCACGCCGCCGAGCAGCCGCGGGCUGCACGUCGCCGCCGCCGCCGACGGGCACACGCUUGUCGUGUUUGGCAGCGCUCUGGCCGAGGACAUGGUCAACGAUGCCUUCGCCCUGGACACGCGCGUCGUGGGAGCUUUGGCCGCGGAGAGCGGCCCAGUCCGCGCGCCGGCGCGUGCGCUGCGCCACUGCCGUGCGGGCGCGGCAUCGUGGUUUGCUGCGGCGCAGAGGCGGGCGGCGAGGGGGCUCGUGCCUGAUGAAAGGGUGUGGGCGCUCACCCUCGACGACUCCGGGGGUGGGGAGUGGAGCUUGCUGCUCGGCGAGGACGCUCCGAACGCGCCGGGCCCGCGCAACGCCGCGACGCUGUCGCCGGUCGGCAGCGGCGGGCUGCUGCUGCACGGCGGGUGGCGGCCGUUUGUGAGCACGUACGGCGACUCGCACGUCCUCAAGGUGGAGGCGUGA